AUGGCUUCUCAAGGUCGAGAGGGUGUUGGUGCUGAAGCUCCUAUUCCUCCCGGUGGUGCUCCAGUGGCAGGAUUACCACCGGAGUAUGCACAGAUAUUUCAAAUGGCUUUUCAAGCCCAAGCCCAAGCCCAAGCGCAGUUACUUGCACAAGCGCACACAUCCACUCCAGUGGCAGCACCAGUAGUCCCUACAAUUGACCGUAAUUAUGAAAGAAUCAGGAAGAUGCGGGCUACAGAAUUUGAAGGUACCCUAGACCCGGAGAUUGAUGAAAGAUGGUGGGAAAAAGUCGAAGAUGUGAUGAACUUGGUAAAUUGCACUCCAGAGAAUCGACUUAGUCAUGUUGUUUCUUUGUUUGUGAGUAAUGCCUUGAUUUGGUGGAGGUUUGUAAAGAGGGGAUAUGAGCCAAGAGAAAUAACUUGGGCUAAGUUUCAGAAAGAGUUUGAUGAUAAAUACAGACCCAAUAUGUACCGAGACAAGAAGAGGAUGGAGUUUCUGAAUUUAGUGCAAGGAGAUGAUCAGACGGUGGCAAAAUAUGAACUCUGUUUUGCGGCACUAGCCAAGUAUGCACCAGAAGCAAUAGCGACGCAGGAGGAUCAUUGUUACCGUUUUGAACAGGGGCUACGACCAGAGAUCAAAAGAGGCCUCGCAGUCAGAAUUACAAAUUUUAAAACUCUUGUUGAAUCAGCAGUCCGGAUGGAAGAAGUAGUAAUGGAGGACAAGAAGAAGGGGGAAGAGAAGAGGAAAUCAACAUAUGCAAUAGGGGAAUCGAGUAGGUUGACCAAGAGGGGAACCAGUCGUUCAUUAUCAGUGGGAAGUGGGUUUUACACGUAG